AUGGCGUCUCAAUGUAAGAGCUGUGACAAUAAAAUUUUGAGCUCAGAUUUUAUAACAUGUGCCGGACUGUGUGGUGAACAUUUUCACAUUAAAUGUGUUGCUGUUACGAAGCCGAUGUUAGCUGCCGUGUCGAAUUGUCCUAACAUACACUGGUAUUGUCAUGCCUGUAACGAUGGCAGCAGAAACAUUUCGUCUGUGGUGAAUGGGAUAAAUGAGUCAAUUGAACGUUUGUCCAGUUCGUUGUCCAACAACUUGCUUCAGUUCCUGAAUGACCUUCAGGUAUUAAUGGACCGAAUUUUUAAGACGAUUGGCACCGGAAAUGUUAUCCAAAACCAAACCAAUACUGCUGAUUCGCAUGAUCAGAAUUGUCAACGUGAGAAUGGAUCUGAAGAACGUGAUAAGCUCGACAAUUGUGGUUACCGUGAAACAAAAGAAAUAGAUGAUGGAUUGAUCGCGAAAUGUGCUAAUGGUUCAAAUAUUGGUACGUCUAAUGCUGACCCUGUCGUUCAUCCCGUGAAAAUGGUCGUUGUUUCAAAUAUUGGCAAAAGCAUCUCCGUUGACUAUUUAGCAAAUUACUUGGCGGACGAAUUGAAGAUCGACAAAAGAAAAAUUCGUGUGUCGCUCUUGUUGCCGGGUGGUAAAACUGUGGAUGACAUGAAUUUCUUGCAAUUCAAAGUGACCGUUCCUGUCGACAAAUAUGAUUUGAUAAUGAAUUCCAGUACGUGGCCUAGCAACGUGCGCAUUCGCGAUUUCGUCAAUAAGCCGAGGAUAAACAUUGGAGUCUCAUUGCAAAAUUUCAUGGAAAAACGAACCGUAAAUUGCUGA